AGUUCAAAGGUCAAACAGUGUUGCCACCUAUCAAUGGUUUUUCUGCUGUACCCCCAAGUGAAGUGGAUUACAUUGGUAGCAUGCAGAAUGGUUCAACAGAUCAGAGCCAGACAGUGGCAGCUGAGGAGACAUCACCUGACCUGGACACAACCAAUCAGCAGACAUGUGUCAUCAGCCCCAGACACAGCUCAAUUAGUUUUGAGGGAAGUGUGGACAGUGGUCGUCCACCGUCCGUCUACAUCCAUGACAUGCCAACUGUGCCCGAGACAGCCGCAGAAGAUCAUGAUCGGACACUCAGUAGCACUGGCAUGGACGUUGAUGGUAACUGGAGACCCACUUGUGAGCACACUCAGGAAGAAGCAGAUGUUCUAGAAGUUGAAUUCCCACCAUAUUUCUACUCCACCCAUGGACUGAGUCGUCCUAGCACUCCAGAACCAGAAGACAGAAAGAGGUACUACCAGCUGAUCGAGAAAGCUAUCGAGCCUUCCAUGGUGGGGCCCAUUACUAAAUCAACCAUGGACGGAGUCAACCGCUUUGUACCCCACAAACUGAGGACAGACCUACCUGCAGCCACAAGGGAGUUUAGACAAGAGAUGGACGGGGAGUACCGCCUGGCCGUUAGGAAAGCCAUCCUGGACUAUGUACUCAUUGACGCCACUGAACAAGAGAGACUGGGGGUGCCCAUGCCUGCCAAGCCUUCCAACCUGGCCGGGAGAGACGGGUUCCCCUGGCACGAUACAGUCAACUCCAUGAGGGACUUCAUGUGCAAUGAACUCUACGUCACACAUCCUGUCAUGAGGAAAAUACUGUACCAUUUCCACACAAAAUAUGGUAAUUUCCGACUCCUAGAUAUUCCUGGUUUGCGGAAGUGUAUGCCUGUAACCAUGGAAAGAUUCUUGAAGCACGUGCAGACAUCAAGUAAAAAUGGGGCCAACAGACUGAAGGCUGAGUGGCUGAUGGAGUGCUGUGACAUCGUUGAUGCACACCGAGAUGAGGUGGAGGGCUGGAUGCCAGAGGAUUUGGAGGAGAGGAUGGAAAAGAUGGACCAUUUUUUCGGCAGCGUGGCUUCCCUGAUGUCCAACUUGUUGCGCAGCUGUGUCGCCAACUCGAUCUCUGACCUUGUCGACCUUGUUGAAGAGUACGCCGAUGGCAACAUCUAUGACGGCGUCUACAGCAUCUUCAAGGGGCUAGCACUCCCACAGAAACUACACCCAGUCACAUUCUUCAUGGAAGAGAGCUUGGAGGCAGGGGAACUGUCUUUUAAGCCUGUCUUUCCCAACAUCUGUGACUUUUUCUGCUUCAUUAUUGACACCAUGGUGGCCAGCGUCACCGACCUGAAACACAUCGAACAUCUGCUCUUCCAUGCAGUGGACGACCUUGAAGUCAAGUUCAUUAGUACUGUAAAAGAUGGCGAGGAAUUGGUUGAAGCUGCCAAAGCUCGAAUCCGCAAGGUGGUCAUGGCAAAUAGUCAUGGUCCGAUUAAGUACAAGUCCACAUAUGAGCCGUACAAGUACCUUCUCUCGACCAAUGCCAACACUUUCACCAACAAGUUUGUGAGUCGUGACCACUCACUGCGUGAGUACGUGCGGGAGAUAGAGAAGCUCAAGAAGAUGGCGUCUGAGAUUGGGUCGCUGCCAGUCCUUAUCCCAAUGCACCUCUUCCUCCUCAACUGCACCCACAUCAACAAGUGGCUGAUUGACCGUGCUCGCUCUUUGAUUGACAUUAUGGUGAAUAAAAUAAUCACAACCAGCCUUAACUUCAACCGUGGAAUCUGUAAACAAUACGACCAGAUCGUCAAAAAAAGCAGCGCCCAGCAGGCCACCAACACAGAGGAGCUUGUCAGACUCAUAGACUAUGUGGAGAACCUCAAAGUUGGGGAACUAUUAGAGCUCAAGGACAAACUUGAGGUUGCUGCUGGUAACCUGAUGUUUCUGAUGGAAUAUGGGAUGAUCCCUUCCAAUGACAUCAUCAUCAAUAACAACACGUUCACUUGGCCAGACAGAAUCAUGCCCAUUGUGAGAAACACAGAGAACAAGCUGCAGAGGGAACAUGACAUGGCUGUGUCCAAACUCAGGGACAAGAAGAAGAAGUUCGCUGUCGAGUUGGCAGACGUGGCCCGCAAGGUCGGAGCCUUCUCCACCCGAGACCGGAUGUCUGAAGCCAAGCAGUACAAGGCAGAGCUGGACGAGAUCGCCAUCCGACUGGAGACUUUCAAACAGACGAAACUAAACAUAAAUCGUGAGGAAGUGAUGCUAGGGUUUGAGCAUCAGACACAAUAUGAUGAGAUCCUGGAGAUCUCCACAGCCAAGGAACCGUUUGACAAGCUGUGGUCCACUGCCGUGACCUUCCAUGGUGAACACGACAAGUGGAUGAAUGGGCCGAUCCUGGAGGUCAAUGCUGAGGUCGUGGAGGAAGAGGUUCAGAACCUGUGUCGUACGGCCUACAAGCUGACCAAGACGUUCUCCAGUCCCGAGUACCGCCGCAGCUGCCUCAAGGCAUCUGCCACCAUCAAGGCCAAACUAGAGAAGUUCAAGAUCAACAUGCCUCUCAUCAAUGCUCUGUGUAAUCCUGGCAUCAAGGCCAGACACUGGGACAUGAUGAAUGAGAAGGUUGGGUUCAACAUGACCCCGAAUGAGCAGACCCCGCUCCUGGAGGUGCUGCAGAUGGGGCUGGAGAAGUACCUGGAUGAGUUGAUGGACAUCAGUUCACAGGCCAGCAAGGAGUUCGCACUGGAGAAGGCUCUGUCUAAGAUGAAGACCGAGUGGGAGGCCGUCCACUUCAACUUUGUGGCGUACAAGGACACCGGCAUCAGCAUCCUGUCUGCCUUUGAUGAGAUCCAGGUGCUUCUUGAUGACCAUAUCGUCAAGACAACCACCAUGAAGGGAUCACCAUUCAUUGGUCCAUUCGAGUUGGAGGUGAACGAGUGGGACCACAAACUGCAUCGAAUGCGAGACAUAUUGGAUUCAUGGCUGAAGGUUCAGUCAGCAUGGCUGUACCUGGAACCAAUAUUUGGCUCCCAGGAUAUCCGGAACCAGAUUCCAGUGGAGGGCAAGAUGUUUGAGGAGGUGGAUGACCACUGGCAAACCAUCAUGGCAAAUGCAGUCAAGAACACUCGGGCACUAGUGGUCGUGUCGCAGGACCAGAUGCUGGAGAAACUGCAGCACUCGGAGUCCAUGCUUGAUGACAUCCAGAAAGGUCUCAAUGACUAUUUGGAGAAAAAGAGACUGUUCUUCCCAAGAUUCUUCUUCCUAUCAAAUGAUGAGCUCCUGGAAAUUUUGUCUGAAACCAAAGAUCCUCUUCGUGUUCAGCCUCAUCUCAAGAAGUGCUUUGAGGGUAUUGCUCAACUGACCUUCAACCUUGAGAAGGUCAUUGUUGCCAUGGAGUCUGCAGAGAAGGAGAAAGUGGACUUCCCUCGCAAGAUUAUCCCUGCCGAUGCACACGGUCUGGUGGAGCGAUGGCUGUUACAGGUGGAGGAGGUAAUGAAACUCAGUCUCAAGGAAGAGAUGACUAAAGCUGUUCUGUCAUACCCCAACAUCCCUAGGAAGGAAUGGGUUCUCCAGUAUCCUGGACAGAUUGUACUGGCUGCUGGACAAGUUCACUGGACAGCGGAGGUGACUAAGGCUAUCCAGGACAACCACCUCAAGGAGUACCUGGACAAGAGCAACAAGCAGGUGGAUGAGAUUGUCCAGAUGGUCCGGGGUAAACUGUCAAAGAUGGCUCGGAUCACUCUGGGAGCACUCAUCGUUAUUGAUGUGCACGCUCGAGACACUGUUGCGAAACUGUACGAGAUCAACACCCAGAGUCACCAGGACUUCUCCUGGAUCAGCCAGCUCCGCUACUACUAUGAGGAUCGGGUUGCCAUGGUGAGGAUGAUCACAACGACCGUGGCCUACGCCUAUGAGUACCUGGGUAACUCAGGUCGCCUCGUUAUCACUCCUCUUACAGACAGGUGCUACAGGACUCUGAUGGGGGCGCUGCUGCUGAACCUGGGGGGUGCUCCUGAAGGUCCUGCUGGCACAGGGAAGACAGAGACCUCGAAAGACCUCGCAAAGGCUGUCGCUAAACAGUGUGUGGUGUUCAACUGUUCCGAUGGGCUGGACUACAAGGCUAUGGGCAAAUUCUUCAAGGGUCUGGCACAGUCAGGAGCAUGGGCCUGUUUUGAUGAAUUCAACAGAAUUGAACUGGAGGUACUGUCAGUGAUAGCCCAACAAGUACAGACGAUUCAGCGUGCAAUAGCAGAACAGAAGAAGAUGUUUGUGUUUGAGGGUACAGAGAUCUCCCUGGACCCAACAUGUACCAUCUUCAUCACUAUGAACCCAGGGUAUGCAGGCAGAGCAGAGCUUCCAGAUAACCUCAAGGUGCUAUUUCGAACAGUAGCCAUGAUGGUGCCAGACUACGGCAUGAUUGGCGAGAUCUCUCUCUACUCCAUGGGCUUUGUGGAGGCACGGAGUCUGGCCACCAAGAUUGUAGCAACAUAUAGGCUGUGUUCAGAACAGUUGUCUUCCCAGCACCACUAUGACUACGGUAUGAGAGCGGUCAAGUCGGUGCUGACCGCGGCUGGAAACUUGAAGCUGAAGUACCCGGACCAAAGGGAGGACGUGCUGGUGCUCCGAUCCAUCAAUGAUGUUAACCUGCCAAAGUUCCUGUCACAUGACAUCCCCCUGUUCGAGGGGAUCAUCUCAGACCUGUUCCCCGGUGUGCAGCUUCCGAAGCCUGACUACCAGAACCUGGAGGAAGCCCUGAUCAGCAACAUGGAGAAGCGGAACCUGCAGCCUGUGCCUUGGUUUGUGGAGAAGAUCAUCCAGAUCUACGACAUGAUCCUAGUGCGGCAUGGCCUGAUGAUUGUGGGAGACCCGAUUGGGGGCAAGACAUCAGCAUUCAAAACUCUGGCAGACAGCCUUGGAGACCUUCACGACCAGGGGCUUAUGGAGGAGGACAGGGUUCAGCACAGUGUCAUCAACCCCAAGGCUGUCACCAUGGGUCAGCUGUACGGCCGCUUUGACCCCGUGUCACAUGAGUGGACAGACGGUAUACUAGCCAACACAUUCCGAGAGCAUGCAUCGAGUACUUCCCAGGAUCGUAGAUGGAUCAUCUUUGAUGGCCCAGUUGAUGCUGUGUGGAUAGAGAACAUGAACACGGUGCUGGAUGACAACAAGAAACUCUGCCUGAUGAGUGGUGAGAUCAUUCAGAUGAGCAACAAACAGAACAUGAUCUUCGAGCCGCAGGACCUGGAGCAGGCUUCCCCCGCCACCGUCAGCAGGUGUGGUAUGAUCUACAUGGACCCCCUGCAGCUCAGCUGGGAGCCUCUCAUCAAAUCCUGGAUGCUCAAGAGCUUACCAGAGAAUUUGACACCAGAGCAAAGGGAAACAAUAAAGAUGUUGUUUGAGUGGAUCCUGCCGCCGAGCCUGAACUUCGUGACCAAGUACUGCCGCCACAUCCUGCCAUGUCACGCCAUGCAUCUGACGUCCAGCAUGCUGAAGCUGUACAGCUGUCUCAUGGACGAUGUUAGACGGCUGGGCCAGGAGGACGAAGAUGAGGAGUCGUACAUCCCCGAGGAAGGGGAGGAGGAAGAGGAGGAGCCGGUGCCCACCUCACUGACGGACCAGAAAAUCAUUGAGGAGAGAACCAACAUGAUCAUCUCCUACUUCUUCUUCUCCGUUGUCUGGUCCAUCGGUGCCACGUUGGACGCCAACUCACGGCUCAAGUUUGACGAGUUCUUCAGAACUCUGUGUGAGAUGGAGGCCACAGGCAAAUAUCCAAGACCAAAGAACCUGAAGUUUGCACGAGGGCUGAUGAUCCCAAAGAAGGGUUCAGUGUUUGACCACGUGUAUAUCCGCCGCCAGUACGGUUCCUGGCACUCUUGGAGCAGCCUCGUGACAUCCUUCAACAUCGACAGCAAAGCAAAGGAAAUUCAGCGAGAUAGAGAUCUUCGUAUCAUGAUUAAUGCCCUGAUCAUCAACACGGUGGAGACCGAGCGACAGCGGUACUUCCUGGAACGGUUCCUCAGCAAGGACAAGCCUGUGCUGUUUGUCGGUCCUACAGGCACAGGGAAAAGCGCCAUCACCAACAACUUCCUACUUCAGCUUCCAAAAGACCAAUACAUCAUCAACAACAUCAACUUCUCUGCUCAGACAUCAGCCAAUCAAACACAAGAUAUCAUCUUUUCAAAACUCGACCGAAGGAAGAAGGGAGUUUAUGGACCGACCCUGGGCAAGAAGCUGUGUGUGUUUGUGGAUGACCUGAACAUGCCGGCCAAGGAGAGGUAUGGUGCCCAGCCUCCUAUAGAGAUCCUGCGACAAUGGAUAGACCAUGGCUUCUGGUAUGACAGGAAGGAUACGUCAGUGUUGCAGUUGGUGGACAUUGUGAUGCUGGCGGCGAUGGGUCCCCCUGGUGGUGGCAGGAACAACGUCACGCAGCGCUUCCUGCGACACUUCAAUGUUAUAGGCAUUGAGACAUUUGAUGAAGAGACGAUGAAGAACAUUUUCUCCCCCAUAAUGGACUGGCACUUCAAGAGUUUUGAGACAUCCCUCAGAAGGUUCUCUAGGAUUCUACUGGGAUCCACACUGGAGAUUUACCAGAUGGCCAUCACCAACUUCCUCCCAACACCAUCCAAGUCCCACUAUCUGUUCAACCUUCGAGACUUUGCCAGAGUUGUACAGGGUAUCCUGUUGAUAAAAGCGUCGGUGAUGCCGGCUGUUGGCACUGCUGCAGGGCAGAAGAUCGCACGUCUGUGGGUGCACGAGGUGUACCGGGUGUUCUAUGACAGACUUGUGGAUGACCAGGAUCGCAACACUUUCUUCAAAAUGGUCAAGUCAGUGGUUGAGUCACAGUUCAAGGACAAGAUGAACAACCUGUUCACCCACCUUCUGGAGCCUGGCAAGUCCAUCCGUGAUGACACCAUCCGCAGCCUGAUGUUUGGGGACUAUCUCACGAAGAAAGGGGAGGACAAGCUGUACGAUGAAAUCCUCAAUCUGGAUGAGCUAAGGGAGACAAUAGAGCACAACCUGGAGGAGUACAACAUGAUGAGCAAGGCCCCCAUGGAGCUGGUGAUGUUCAGGUUCGCCAUCGAACACAUCUCCAGAAUUAGCCGAGUUCUCAAGCAGCCAAAUGGUCACUGUCUCCUUGUGGGUAUUGGGGGCAGUGGUCGUCAGAGUGUCACCAGACUGGCAGCAUUUAUGUCUGACUUUGAGCUGUUCCAAAUUGAGAUCACCAAGAACUAUACUACCGUGGAGUGGAGAGAUGAUCUGAAGCGGAUGAUGCGGAGAGCUGGAGAUGAGGGAGUGUCCACGGUCUUCCUGUUUGGGGACCAUCAGAUCAAGGAUGAAUCAUUCCUGGAGGACGUGAACAUGAUCCUGAACACUGGUGACAUCCCAAACCUGUAUGACAAUGAGGAACGCCUGGAGAUUAUUGAGAAGAUGCAGGUUGUGUGUCAGGUGGAAAACCUCCAGAUAGAGUUCACUCCCCUGAACAUGUACAACAAGUUCAUUGAGCGGAUCCGACGUAACCUGCAUGUGGUGCUGGCAUUCAGUCCCAUUGGAGACACCUUCCGGAACAGACUCCGAAUGUUCCCGUCCCUCAUCAACUGCUGCACCAUAGACUGGUUCAAGGCGUGGCCGGAGGAUGCCCUGGAGCUGGUGGCCAACAAGUUCCUGGAUGAGGUGGAGAUGUCUCAGGAUGUCAGAGACAACACAGUAGUCAUGUGCAAACACUUCCACGAGAGUGUCCGAGCUCUCUCAACCAGGUACUAUGAAACGAUGCGGCGAAGGAACUAUGUGACUCCGACUUCCUACUUGGAGUUGAUCAAGACAUUCAAGAACCUCCUGAACAAGAAGAGAUUGGAGAUCCUGACCCUGAAGAACAGGUACAUGGUGGGCCUGGAGAAGCUGGAGUUCUCCGAGUCUCAGAUCAACGUGAUGCAAGAGGAACUCAUCGACCUGCAGCCGAAGUUGAUUGAGACAAGCAAGGAGACUGAAGAGCUCAUCAAGAUUAUUGAGGAGGAAACGGUGGAGGUGGAGGAGAAGAAAGGACUUGUCGAAGCAGAUGAGGCUAGGGCCAACAAUGCUGCCAUGGAGGCAAAGGGUAUCAAGGAUGAAUGUGAGGCCAAGCUUGCUGUAGCUCUACCUGCCUUGAACGCUGCUGUUGCCGCUCUCAACACUCUGAAGCAGAACGACAUCUCCAUUGUGAAGAACCUCCAGAACCCUCCGUCAGGGGUGAAGCUGGUGAUGGAGGCUGUCUGCAUCAUGAAGGGAAUCAAACCUGAGAGGAAGCUGGACCCAAACGGCAAGGCUGGAGAAGACUACUGGGCCCCUGCCAGGAAGAUGUUGGGAGACAUGAAGUUUCUGGAGUCACUGAAGGAGUAUGACAAGGACAACAUUCCGGCAGCAACCAUCAAGAAGAUCCGGGACAAGUACAUCAACAACCCCGACUUCGACCCGGCCAUCAUCAAGAACGUGUCAUCAGCCUGUGAGGGCCUGUGCAAGUGGGUCCGGGCCAUGGAUGUUUAUGAUGGUGUCAUCAAGGUGGUGGCUCCCAAGCAGCAGAGUCUGGCAAUGGCAGAAGGAGUCCUUGAGGACCAGAUGGCCAAGCUGAAGGAGAAGCAGGCAGAACUGAAGACUGUCCGUGACAAGCUGGCCAACCUAAAUGACCAUCUCAACCAGAAGCAGACCGAGAAAAAGAACUUGGAGGACAACAUCGAGUUGACGAAGGUGAAGAUAGAGAGGGCCAACAAGCUGAUCAGCGGCCUGGGUGGGGAGAGGUCACGGUGGACGCAGAAUGUCCAUGAGCUCAGCGAGACGUAUGACAACAUCGUGGGUGAUGUCCUUCUCUCCGCCAGUGUAGUAGCCUAUCUGGGACCUUUUAUUCUGGAUUAUAGGCUGGAGUGUCUGAAGGAGUGGUAUGACAUGUGUAAAGACAAGGGGAUUCCAGUAUCUGAGACCUUCUCUCUGUCAAGCACUCUUGGAGAUCCGGUCAAGAUCCGAGACUGGCAAAUAGCUGGUCUCCCAGUGGACAACUACUCUGUGGACAAUGCCAUCAUUGUGACGUCAGCCAACCGAUGGCCACUAAUGAUUGACCCUCAAGGUCAGGCCAACAAGUGGAUCAAGAACAUGGAGAAGGCCAAUAAACUGGAGGUGGUCAAACUGUCUGACCCCAACUACACGCGAGGACUUGAGAACUGUCUUCAGUUCGGCAACCCCUGUCUACUGGAGAACAUUGGGGAGGAGCUGGACCCCAUCCUGGAACCCAUCCUGCUGAAACAGACAUUUAAACAGGAUAACGGCCUGGACUACAUCCGGAUUGGAGAACACAUAGUGGAGUACAGCAAAGACUUCAAGUUCUACAUCACAACCUGCAUGAGGAACCCACACUACCUGCCUGAAGUGUCUGUGACGGUGACUCUCCUGAACUUCAUGAUCACCCCGCUGGGUCUGGAGGACCAGCUGCUGGGGAUUGUGGCCGCCAAGGAGAAGCCGGAGCUGGAGGAAACAAAGAACCAGCUGAUUGUGGAGAGUGCCAAGAACAAACGCCAGCUGAAGGAGAUUGAGGACAAGAUCCUGGAAGUCUUGUCAACAUCCCAGGGAAACAUUCUUGAAGAUGAGACAGCCAUUGAAAUAUUGUCAUCAAGCAAGGUUCUGUCUGAGGAGAUUUCAGAGAAACAGCAGAUCGCUUCACAGACCGAGGCAGAGAUUGACCAAGUCAGAAACGGCUACAAGCCAGUAGCUAAACAUGGCAGCAUGCUGUUCUUCACCAUCUCCGACCUGGCCAACAUUGACCCCAUGUAUCAGUACUCUCUCACCUGGUUCAUCAACCUAUAUCUACAGUCUAUCAUGAACAGCGAGCCAUCUGAGCAGCUGAAUGUGAGGAUCUACAACCUGAAUGACCACUUCACCUACAGCAUCUACAAGAACGUCUGUCGCUCCCUGUUUGAGAAGGACAAGUUGCUCUUCUCAUUUCUCCUGUGUAUUGGGCUGGAGAAGGGGAGAGGUCUUGUGGAUGACCAGGAGUGGCGCUUCCUGUUGACUGGAGGCGUGGCGCUGGAGAACCCAUUUCCCAACCCUGCCCAAGAGUGGCUGCCGGAGAAGUCAUGGUCUGAGAUUGUUAGAUGUUCCUACCUACCAGCCUUCCAGGGAUUCAUGGAUCAUUUCCAGAAGAAUAUCACGGAAUGGAAGUGUGUCUAUGACUCCACAACGCCCCACACAGAGCAGCUUCCACAACCAUGGGGAGAUAAUCUCUCCCGGCUACAAGAACUCAUAGCUCUCCGCUGUCUGCGACCUGACAAAAUUGUGCCAGCUGUCCAGACAUACAUCCAGGAGAGGAUGGGUGCGAUCUACAUAGAGCCCCCGACCUUUGACCUGUCUCUCUGCUAUGCGGACUCCAACUACUUCUCUCCGCUGAUCUUCGUCCUAUCUCCCCCCGGAGCAGAUCCCAUGGCUGGACUGUAUCGCUUUGCCGAGGAAAAGGGAUCCGGCAACAAAGGCCUUGCCACGAUAUCCUUGGGCCAAGGUCAAGGUCCUAUUGCUGAGAAGAUGAUCAGUGAGGCAGUGUGAGCAUAUCAGCGGGACGUAUUGGUCUGUCGCUGCAGAACUGUCACCUGGCUGGCCUCCUGGCUUGGGGAGCUGGAGAGGAUCUGUGAGACAGUUAUCACUGACCCCAGUAGAACUAAACCGACAUUCCCGACUCUGGCUGACGAGCUACCCAUCACCAGUCUUCCCAGUGUCCGCUCAAGAUGACCAGAACGG